UCAUAUCCCUUAGAAAGAAAAAAAAAAGGUUUUUAUUUAAUAUCGCGUCCGGGUUGAAAAGGAGAGCAGAUUGGCCAACUGCGUUAGUUGUUACUAGUUCGCCCUCGUUCACGGACCUAUUUCUUUUCCUUGGUAACGCCAAAAUGAUCUCUUUAAAAGGGAUAUUUUUUAUUUUGAGUUUGUUAAGUCAGAGUCAAGCUCAGGCAUGGUUUCAUGCCAAGUCAAGCCACCAAGCCAAUGUCUUAAAUUUGGAGCAGCUUAAGUACAUUAGUGGAUUGUCAGAUAUGCAAAGGUUUGAUGUAACAAUAGACCCAAUAUUAGUUCCACGUGUUGUUGGUACUCCCAGUCAUACCCGAGUCAGGCAGUACAUUAUGGGUGAAAUGCAGUCUCUGGGUUGGGAUGUUGUAACAGAUAAAUUCACUGCCGACGCACCACGUCCACAUGGAAAAAAGACAUUUGAAAAUAUAAUAGCAACAUUGGAUCCUAGUGCUCAAAGACGCCUAGUCCUUGCCUGCCACUAUGAUUCCAAAUAUACUAGGGAUGGAAAUUUUAUUGGUGCUACUGAUUCAGCUGCCCCGUGUGCCAUGAUGAUUACCUUGGCAAAAGAUUUAGCACCAAAAUUGGAUCAACAAAAGCAAAAUGGCAAGGCAGUUACUUUGCAGUUUAUAUUUUUUGAUGGUGAAGAGGCUUUCAGAGACUGGAAUGCCAGGGAUUCGAUCUACGGUGCGCGUAAUCUUGCCCGAAAAUGGGAGGCUACAUCCUACCCAAAGGAAAACCGCGAUGGAACGAAUGAACUUCACAGGAUGGAUUUGAUGGUGCUACUGGAUUUACUAGGAGCUCGCAACCCAAAUUUUUAUAGUUAUAUUACGUCUGGUGAUCGGUGGUUCAAACAUGCGGCGAACAUUGAAACACGAUUGAGAAAUGCGAAUCUGUUGACAACAAGCAAUCAAAUCUUCUUAAGUGAUUUCGCGCCUGGUGGGAUAGAAGAUGACCACAUCCCUUUCAUGCAAAGAAACGUUCCUAUCUUACAUUUGAUUACAACUCCUUUCCCGGAUGUUUGGCACACGAAUGGCGAUAACAAAUCAGUUCUCGACUAUAAUACUAUCGAUGAUCUUAACAAGAUUCUUCGUGUGUUUGUCGUCGAGUACCUCCAAGUUAAUAUCUGACAAUUCGGGGAAGAUCUAAAGGCCAAUAAUAGUGAGUUGUAGGAAACUUAUCCGUCUAUAUCUAUACCCAUCCUGACUUUGUCUUUUUUGAAUUUACUCUGUGGUAACAUUCACUAACCCUAUUUCCAUUUCUCUUUCCUCUUCUAUUUCGCUGAUCAAGGUUUCAGUUUGCUGUCUUUGAUCGAUCGAGCACUUCUUUAUUUAUCUAGCCUUUGGUCUUCCGGGAAUUGACUUUUACUAAUCAACCACCAAACCAUUCCAAAAGAAUCAUUUCAAGUUUUUUGGUUUAUCAAAAAACAUUAAAACUCGUGUUUACCUAGGAGCACGUGAAAAUUUUCUGUUCCUGGUAGCAAGUUAUGCAAUUUGAUACCUUAAAGAAAAUGCAAAGUGCAACAAUAUGCAGAAAUUUGUUAUCCAGAAUACUCUUUCGCAUUUUUUUUUCCUUCUGGGAUAUAAAUAUAAAUACACAAAAGAGACAAAUGAA